AUGUCCGCACCGCGACCCGGCGUGCAGCAGCCAGCCAAGCUGCAGUCUAAACAGCAACAGCACCUUGAUACCUUGCAGAACUUGAUAAACAACAUUCUCAUCGAAACCGGCAAAGCCCUGCGCUCUGCCAAUAUGAAGGGCGCGAAAACGAUCUCGCAUGACAAUGAUAGGUUGCAGAUGUAUAUGCCCAAGGCGAUUACGAGUUUUCAUGGCGCUUUGGAUGAGCUGGAGAGUGAUAUUGUUAGGGCGAAGGCGGUUAUUGCGAGGGAUUUGAGGGAGGUGAGGAGGAGGGAGGAGGAGCUGAGGAAUCCGGCUGCGAAGCCGGCCGAAGUGGAUACGGAGAAGGAGAUGGUGGAUGGUGCGCAGGGUGGGAUGACUGCGAGUGAUGGGGGGGUGUUGGAGCAGCCGGCGCAUAUUAAGAUUGAAGAGGCGCGCGAGACGCAAACAAUGGACCAGCAGGUGAAGCCGGAGCCAUUGGCUACCGCUGUGCAGGUGGGCAAUCAGACGAAGCAGGAGGCUUUGGAUACGAUGGACUUGUUUGAAGAGGAGCCAAAGGCCGACAUACCACAGGUCUCUGAAAAGCCGCAGGAUGAGGUCAAACAAAGCAUCGAACAACCAGAAGUAUCAGCGGCAGACGUCCAGCAAGUUGAUAAACUUCAAGAUGUCCCGAGUAAAGAGCUGGAACCACUGGACACGUUGGAUACCAACGACGACAUGACCUACGAGUCUCUGUUCGGCCCCAAAAGCGCACACGAUGACCACCCGGAUCUCAACUUUGACGACUUUGAUUUCGGUACGGAUAACGCUGCGGGAGGAGAGAAUCAAGAUCAAGACUACAGCAUGCAAAACGACGGUCACAUAGACCUGUCAACCUUCGGCGAAGCCAGCGACCAACCAUUCGGCAACGACGACGGAAGCUCGAUGCUACAAGGCUUAGAGAGCUACGCCAACCAGGUUCCGGAAGAGAGCGGAGACAUCAACAUGUUCGACACAACAAACACCGGUGUGAAUACAGCAGGGGACGGCGACAUUAUUAAUCUUGAUGGGGAAGAUGGCAUCGGGAUGAGCGGCGCUGAUCUCGAUCUAGCUAUGGACAUAGGCGGGAACGAAACGAAUUUUGACGAUCUACUCGAUGGCUUAGAUUUCGAAGGCGGCGACGACACGACGGGACUCGAGAACCAGGAGUUCGACGAUGCGUAUUUCCGUAUUGGGGAUAGCUGA